UUAGAUGAACAGCGCCGGUUCCCGGCUUGUCAUUGGGCCGAAGUCAGGCGUGCCGCGUGACGUAGUUUCCCCAAUUGCUUGAAGCUCGCUUCUUCCCGUCAAAGAGCGGCGGGAAAACAGGCGCAGCGCAUCCCCAACCGGGCCGGGAUGCUUGGUUGUGACGAGAAAAAAACACAAAACAAAGUGCCACUUCAUCUUCCGGUCUGCCUUUGACGAUCCACUUUGCUUCUUCCACCGCUUUCUUCCCCUCCGAGCGUAGCCGUCCGUCCCACCUGCCGAGAGAUUGUUUACAAUACCUGCUCGAACCUACUUAACCCUCGAAAGUUGAGACGACUCCCGUCUCCGCGGUAGAUACAACGGCGGACGCCAACAAGCAGCAGCCCGUCUACGCUCCCAGACUCAUAACCGCAAUACGGUUCGAGAUAGCGCAGACACACCCGCCGCAAAGAUGGUCUACGUACGGCAGGAAUACCUGCCCAACCUGAAGCAGUACAAGUACUCCAGUGUCGACCACUCACUGCUGUCAAAAUACGUGCUCAAGCCGUUCUACACCAAUGUCGUCAUCAAGUGCUUUCCGAUGAGCAUGGCGCCCAACCUCAUCACGCUGACGGGCUUCACGUUUGUCAUCGCCAACUUCCUGACGCUGUUGUGGUACAAUCCGACGCUGGACCAGGACUGCCCAACGUGGGUCUACUACAGCUGGGCUGCCGGCCUCUUUUUCUACCAAACUUUUGACGCAGUGGACGGGACACAGGCUCGUCGCACCCACCAGUCCGGCCCGCUAGGCGAGCUGUUCGACCAUGGCGUCGACGCGCUCAACACGGCGCUCGAGGUCAUCAUCUUCGCCGGCGCCACCAACAUGGGCCAGAGCUGGAAGACGGUCGCAACGCUCUUCGCCAGCCUGCUAACCUUUUACGUGCAGACCUGGGACGAGUACCACACCAAGACCCUCACCCUGGGCAUCGUCAACGGCCCCGUCGAAGGCAUCCUCACCGUCGUCGCCGUCUACGCCCUGACGGGCUACCUAGGCGGCGCCUCCUUCUGGACCCGCAGCAUGUUCCCCACCCUGGGCAUCCCGCAGACCCUCUUCGGCGGCGCCGUCACCAUCCCCUCCGUCAUCUACAACUGGUCCUUCACGGACCUGUACAUGGUGCAGGGCGCGGUGGUGCUGGUCUACAACACGGUCGAAUCGGCGCGCAACGUGAUCCGCGCGCGGCGCGCCCGCGGCGACAGGUCUCGCUACGCGCUGGUCGGGCUCGCGCCCUUCUUCGCCACCUGGGCGCUGAUCGUCGCGUACCUCGCGCUGCAGCCCACCAUCCUGCAUAACCAUCUCGUCCCCUUCGCCCUGUUCGCCGGCAUCGUCAACGCCUACUCGGUCGGGCAAAUGAUCACGGCGCACCUGGUCAAGCUGGAGUUCCCGUACUGGAACGUCAUGGUGAUCCCGCUCGCGUGCGGCGUCAUCGACUCGGUGGGGCCGCUGCUGCUGCAGUACAGCCCCGUGCCCUGGCUCGGCUGGCCGUCGGCGCUGGGCGACGGCGUGUACCAGGUUGCAUUUAUGUUCUGCAUGCUGGGCAUGGCCGUGGGCGUCUACGGGAGCUUUGUGGUGGAUGUGAUCGUCACGAUCUGCGACUACCUCGAUAUCUGGUGCUUGACCAUCAAGCAUCCGUGGGUCGAGGGGGCGAACGGGGACGCGUCGAUGCAGGUGAAUGGUGCGGCAGACAAGAAGAAGCAAUGAGGGGGCUCCCAGAUGCUGGGAGGGUGCCCCUGGAUCAAGGGGCUACGGAGUCGACAACGAUACCACUUGCAUGAUACGACAAAUAACAUUGGCACGCCGCACCUCGAUUUUUCAGUCGAUAUACGAAGCGGGCGGAAUGAUACAUUCGCAAGGACGACAAGGACGAUAGAUGAGGGACGAUAAAAGGAGUUUUGGCUGUGAGGCCGGGAUUAAUGCGCACGUGAGACCGGGGAGAUGAUCGGGUUAGAUCUUUGCCGCUGAGGCGACGGCGAAUGGAAGCCAUGAUGAUCAUGGACUAGGCUCUGGAUAACAUG